AACACCGAGAUGACCAAGAAGAGGCGGAACAACGGGCGGGCCAAGAAGGGCCGCGGGCACAUCCAGCCCAUCCGCUGCACCAACUGCGCCCGCUGCGUCCCCAAGGACAAGGCCAUCAAGAAGUUCGUCAUCCGGAACAUCGUGGAGGCGGCCGCGGUGCGGGACAUCUCCGAAGCCAGCGUCUUCGAUUCGUACGUGCUGCCCAAGCUGUAUGUGAAGCUGCAUUACUGCGUCAGCUGCGCCAUCCACAGCAAGGUGGUGAGGAACCGUUCCCGGGAGGCCCGGAAGGACCGUACCCCUCCGCCCAGGUUCAGGCCUGCGGGCGCUGCCCCGAGACCUCCCCCCAAGCCCAUGUGAGGAGAUGGGGCUGGAAAAGUGCAUCUUGAGACAUUGCCUCAAUAAAUGACUUUACAUCUGGAAAAAAAAAAAA